AUGCAACCCGUCUCCCUCGGGUACGGUCGAUUCAAAAUUAACUCUUAUGUCUGUCAAUUUCGGCGUUUUGUACCGCGUUCCAGUACGGGCCGGCAGUUUUCGAUCACCGGCCUUUAUUUGACACGAAUUUCUUUCCUUUAUUUAUAUUUUGGAGUUUUUGAGUUUUUUAAAAAUUAAGUGCUCGUCCUGUCAAAGUGAGAAUGAGGCUUUUAACAGGGAACGCCAAUGGUAAAAUAACAAUAUAUUUUGUUCAAAAUGCCACCUCGAACAACAAAGACAUGCGGAUGGCUUUUACGGCAUGUCAAGAAGCACGGUUAAAGGCGGAAAUAGUGUCUGAGGAAGAUGUGAAUGAUCUACCGCACGGUCGAACCGUUGUGUUCGUCCUGGAACAUUUCAAGGGAGAAACGUUUCAGUUUCUCUCUUCAAAAGAAUGCCUUGUCGUCGGGCCUAGAUGCUUGUGUAGCUGCUUGUCAAAAAAGAUACCUAUUCCCGAAAAUGAAUCGCCUGUUUUUACCAUGGCCAUGGCCGGAAUUGUCGUCACUGCUUCUAGGAUGUCCAGGGUGGAAAAGCAAGAGCUCGCUAACUUUAUCGGAUACAUGGGUGGAAGUUAUACUGAUCAACUGACAAAGGCAGUGACUUAUUUGAUUAGUGAUGAGGGCAGAUCCCCUAAAUGUGAGAAAGCUAUUGAGCUUCAAAUACCAAUUAUGUGCAGCAGCUGGGUCAAAGCUGUUUGGGAUGCAUCGCAUAUUAGAGAUGCAUUGGCGACAGAUGCCGAAUUCUUGAAAUACCGACUCGCUCCUUUUAAAGGGAUGCACAUAACGUGCAGUAACUUGCCGCAGUCGACAAAACGAAAACUUCAGUCAUUAAUUGAAUCACAUGGUGGUGUCUACAUGCCAACACUGGAACAAAACAAAACUGUCGUUUUAAUUAUCGGGGAAGCAGAGGGGAGGAAAUUCCAGCAUGCUCAACUUUGGGGCAUACCUUGCCUGACACCUUCAUGGGUGUAUGAAUCGGUUGAAAAAGGCGCAGCUGUCAGAUCGAUAGACCAUAUCGUCGUCGCCAAACCAAAAUCUUCUACGCCAACUUCUGAACCCAAAAGUUUUAUGACCAAUUCGGAUAUUUCAAUUGUUCCCAUGGCACAAGAUGUAUCAAAUAUGGAAAUUGAUGAGACUAACAUGAGUGUCGCCAGUUCUAUGUUGAUACAAUCUUUACCAAAAAAAGCGGCCAAAAAACAAUCACAAGAUAAUGAGUACAAACAAUUCAUGGAGGAAAUAGAUUUAGUACAAGCCACAAAAGCAGGACCUUUUCUUGAUGGCUGUAAGAUUUACUUGAGCGGUUUUACACCACAGGAAACGGAAAAAUUGAAAAAAGUUAUUAACAGAGGCGGAGCGACAAUCUAUACAAAAAUAACCGAUCGCUUAAGUCAUAUUAUCGUUGGAGCAUUUGACAUUCAAGAUGCGAAGUUGCUUGUUGAACUUAAAUCGAAACCGCAUACAGUAAAGCUAGAAUGGCUUUUAGCUUCAAUAAGACAAAAAAGUGCUGCCUCUAUUGAACCGUACCUUUGCUUGCACGGAUCUACUGCUCCUCCUCUUUCAUCUCCUCUGAGCCAUAAGGGAGUGGAACUUCUAAAAUCCGACAUUAAUGAGCCAAACCAAACCGUAUCGAGAAAACUAUUCACAAAAGAUCAGGUUUCGAUAUCAAAUGAACCACCAGUCCAGGAUGGAAUAUUGAAGCUGAGAGCACAGGAAGAAAUGGACAAUUUAAGAAAACAGAACGAAACACAGAAAGAAGAAACUAAUGAACCAAAUGAUAAUGGCAUAAAUGAACCUGCUCAAAAUGAUGCCAACUCAACAAAGAAUGAUUCAUCCGUAGUAGUUGGCCCGAUAUUCGAAGGAUUUUCAUUCGUUGUUAUUGGUUUUGAUGAUGCAAAUACGAUAGAGGAGUUGAUAAGAAAUCUACAUGGUAAAAUAUAUUCAAACAAAUUCAAAGGAAAAGUUGAUUAUGCUGUUGUUCCACUCAUCAGUGCAAUUAAAGUUAAUGCAAAACACAUAGUCACGAGCCUUUGGGUGGAGGACUGUUAUGAACAGGAAGCCAUCCUUGAUGUCGAUUACUUCCAUAAACCUGUCAUUGUCACAUUGGGUCAAAAACCUUUAUCAGGGAGUGUAAUUUGUAUAUCAGGUAUCAUGGGGAAAGAAAGAAAUUUCAUAGCCCAUUUAGCAACUGCGCUGGGUGCAAAGGUUCAAGAUUCGUUUUCCCGUAAAAAUCACCCUGAUAAAGGUAUUGAACGUGCGACUCAUCUAGUGUGUCAGACAACAUCUGGAAGUAAAUACGAAGCCGCUAUUAGAUGGGGCAUCCCGACUGUCAAAAAAGAGUGGUUAUUGUCAUUGCUUGAAGACGGAGCAACGGCCGACCUCGACACGCCUUCUGUCAAUAAUGAAAGGGAAAUAAUCUCAACGCCUGUAAAUCCGGCCAUGAGGAGAGUGAUCGAAUCAACUCCUUCUGAAAUUAAAGCAACACCAUCCACUUCGAAACGAGUUUGUGAUGUGUUUGCUUGUCCUGAGAAACCUAAAAAAACCAUAUCGGCAGAAUCGUUAGAGCAAAACAAGGAAUCUCUAAAAGAUGCCAGUGCAAAGAUGAACAUCUCCCUGAAAUCUAUAGAUGAAAAUUUCUGUACACCGGAUGCAAAUAAACAAUUUUCAUUCACUUCAUCCGGAAAAUCUCCCUUUCACAUGGAUACUCCGGACACCCCAUAUGGUCGGGUGUUCUUGAAUGAUGGAGAUGUACUGAGCCCUACUGCGAAGAAGAGCUGGAAAAAGUGGAUCGAUAACCUACCAGAACUUUAUCAAAAGUCACCCCAGAUUCAGACAUUUCGUAAAAGACGUCCGAGCACUCCGCUUAGUGUAAUAAUGAAGCAACUUUGGGUGAAAUUUGGUGAUGCACAAAUAGAAGGAAUCGAUCAAGAAACAGGCGACCUCCUACCUGAUGGACCAUACAGAGAAUGGGCACAUGAAAAUGAGACUAUAAAAGUUACACCUGACAAUACCCAAGAGUUCAAAGAAAAUAAUAAAAAUAAUAGUAGUGGUGGUUGGUUGAGUAAAGAUCAAGGUAAAAAGCCAAAUAACAAUCUUAGUAAUAAGGAAACAGUGGAAGAAAUAAAAAAAAUAUGUACCGAGGGGCUACAUACAACUAGUGCACAGUCGACUAAAACGGUUCUUAGGGAAUCUCAUGACCAGAAAUCAGUAAGCUCUGAUUUGAACAAUGGAUCAAAAACAAAAGAAGAAUCCAAAUGCCAACCAUCAACGAGCUGGGGGAGUUCUAAAAGGACUAAGACAAGAUGUGAAAUGGAUGAAAUGCCUGCUUGGGAUUUUGGAAAACCAAAUACACUUUCUUUCUUGACGGAUAAUUCUGAACCGGAGUUAAAAAAGCAGAAAAUUAGCGUGGAUACAGAUUGCGAAAAAAACGAAGACAUGGUAAUCCCUGAGACAGAAGAACUCACCGAAGAGACAGAGGUGCCCAAAACGAGAAGAAUAUUUGUGUUAUCAAAUAUCCCAUCUUCGACAAGAGAAAAAUUUGAAGGAAUUAUAAAAAGCCUUGGAGGUGAAGUCAGUGGAUUGCAAUGCUACGAUAGUGACUCGACACAUCUCAUCAUUGACAAACCGGUUAGAAGUGAAAAGUUGUUGUGCUCUAUUGCCAGUGGUAAAUGGGUUUUGCAUUUAUCCUAUUUGUCACAAUGCUACCAAUCAAGAACGUUUUUGCCAGAGGAAGAUUUUGAAUGGGGAAAUGAAAGAUCGAAGGAUCGUCUCCCACAUUUGGAGCCAGGAACGACUGAGUAUGACCUGGCAAUGGCUGCACACAUAUGGCGGGUUCAGAGAUCUCAUAUGUCCAAGCCAUGUGCGUUUAGAAACAUCGUGGCUGUUAUUUGUACAUCACAAAACAAAUACGCUCAAUAUAAACGCCUUUUGGAAGCUGGCGGUGCUACUGUGUUGAAAAAAGAAGGUCUAGACUUGGAGAGAAGAAAGCUCGAGAAGAGGCUCAGGAGGAUUGAAGACUGUAUCGCGCUGAGCAUAAACAGACCAAGAUUCAAUUGGCUGGUCUGUGUAAUUUCUGUAUAGACGGGUUCCCAUUCGUGAAAGGUGGAACUUAAACAGCCCAAAAAGCUUCAUCACAUCGCAGAGACAAGAAAAUCGCAUCUACAAAUUCAUGACCUUAAACGCACAUAUUAUUUCUUUUGGUCAAAUUACAAAUCUAAGAGAAAAUAUUUCACUUUGAAAGCAAUAUUCUGAAGCAAAAUUUUAAUAAGUAACAUUAAAACUAAAAACUAUUUGCCGAUUUUACCACCUCGAAUUUAAGUUUUUUGAGUCACACCCGUUUUUACAACCACACAAAUGUUUUGGAGCAGAAUGUUUAAAUACACUGCUUCAUAAACUAGUUACACAAAAAAAUAAGAACAAAAAAUAGCGAGGAGGUAGCAUAUUGAUCAUGGUAUGAAGGGCCUCGCGAUGUCACAUAUCGGGGGCUGGAGUGUGGCUGUAAUCUCCAUCAGGUUGGCCGCUGCUCCCGACCUAAUAGUUCCCUUUACUGGGUGUUAAUCGCCAUCACCAUAAGCACCGUCAUCCAUCACCAUAAGAUUACCAUAUGGCUAAGAUCCGUAUGAAGUUUGUGGAGGAUGGCCGUCAUAAGAGGGAUAUGGUGCUGAGUAUCCUUUGGAUUAUGAUUAUUCGGAUUGGACGUCAAAUCUACUCCUUUUGUUAGAAACUGGAUUUCGAUGGCAGAACAGCCUUCUGGCUGGUAUUGGGGUUGCCACAAGUGAAUUCGCCCUUUGGCUUCAGGGCCAUCACUUCUUUCUGCCUCGCAAUCCGCUAUAGGUUGUUUUCCAUUCGUUUUCGUUUUACGAAUGUUCCUCGCCCUCCUUUCUAGCCUGGGGUGCCCCCUGUAAGCCUUCUUUAUUGGGGUUGUUCUCGAGAAAAACUACCACGACCACGAGAGUCAUCAACUCUCAUAGGUCAUCCAUGACCACUUGUGAACCCUGACGGUACACGUUGAAGGUACCGGGUAAAACGCAUACAACCUUAGGCGUAUCACAAUGGUCUCUCCUCAGAUCCACUUUUUUCCUUUUAUACAUAAGCGACAUCAAUGUUGGAAUAAUGUCAAUAAGACACGGCUCGUUCAUUGGAAAGACCUAAAUACAUGGUUGGACCACGAACUACCACCAUGCCUCCUUAGGCACUACAAAUCCCUGCUUCCUAGUAAUUGCCCUAUCACCAUCAUUAUCACAGAUUUCUCACGGCCUAAAAAAGUGGUUGAUCUUUAUAAGAUAAGUGAUAUCUUGGAAAUUAAGGAGUUUGUAACUGUAUGAUUAAAAAGCGGAUGUGAAAGAAACUUAAAUGACUUGGUGGCCGGCACAGAAACACUUAUACCAAAAAGGAAAAUACAAAAAAACAAAAAAAAUAAAUAAAUAAAUA